GGCGGGGAUCGACGGCGCAAGAGCGAAACGGAAAAUCCGUCUUCGACAAUAAGCAUCAAGAUCAGUCUCCGUGCCAAUCUGAAGCUGUUUAUACGGACACGUUUGGCACGGCGAUCUUUUAUGCAAAAGUAACGGUUUCAGAGGCAGAUCGAGCGGAAACGGGAUGUUUUUGUAUAAGGACUAGAAGUGGAACUUGGGUAGGCGAAGUCUUGGGCGUAUCUCCACUUUUGUUCAUUUUUUUGGUCGAACUGAAAAACAGCCGACGCUGAGCGCAUCUGAUCUUCCCCGAGCGCCCGGUGCUGAUGAGGGCUUUGUCGGCGUGAUCCGUGCGCGAUGGCCGCUUCGGGCGGACAGAAGAGUGAGAAGUUAGAUGAAGCUCAGGCUCUAGCGAGGAGUUGCGCAGGGCGACCGGACUUUCUGCCCUGCGAUGGACUAUCCAUCUGCGCCACACACAGCCACGGGAAGUGUUUCAAGCUGCACUGGUGCUGUCAUCUGGGCUGGUGCCACUGUAAAUACAUCUACCAACCCAUGACCAGUGUAUGCCAACUUCCCAGCACUUCGGUUCCAGUCGCCCCGUCAGGUCACACCCACACCAUGAACCUGUCCAUCUCCCUGGCUGAGCGCUUUCUCAGGACGGCCCCCAAGUUCCAGGCUCCACCCUGUCCGGAGUCGCCCAAGUUCUGCGUCAUCUCUGACCUCUUUGUGGAUGAUUACAUGGUCAAACGUAUCAACGGUAAGAUGUGUUAUGUGCAAAGGCCGCCUCCACCUACACCAAAUCCCACACACCAACCCCAGACGCCAGCACCUCAACCUGCACCCCAGCGUACCAACAAGCACACACGGCAAACAGGCCCAACUGUUAAGCACAACCAACCAAACGAGAAGAUCUCAGGCCCUAAAAUGGACCACUGCUCAUCUCCCUCCAGCUCGGAAGACUCUGGAAUCAAUGCAUUGGGUCUGCACUACAUGGAAUCAUGCGAUGAGGACUCCUGCGUGGAUGACGAUGAUGAGGAAGAAGAGGAUGAUGAGCUGAGCACCGAUGGGGACUCCAGUCCCGGUAGCCUCUGGGACCAGGAUGAGUGCACUGUACUGUCACCUUCCAAAUCAAUGGUUGAGAUCAUUGAGAAGAUUGAGACUACAGUUUGACGUGCCUGUCAGAUUCCUCGGUUUCGGAAACACUUCCCUACACUAUCCUAUCUGCAGGUGCAUGAGUUCAGUGAGCCAGUGCAAGCACAUGCUCCCUGUUAUGGCAGUGCCAUCCGAGGUUGUCCCAGAAGAACCCUCAAGAGAUGAGUCAUGGCAACUUCUCUCCUGUACUUACUACAGCUCUCAUUUUCCCUAUAGUCCCUUACGCAUGGUGAGGCUAAUGUAGGUUACACGCAAGUGAGUGCGCUGACAAACACAUAUCGUGAGAACUUUGACCAAAUGGGACUCGAUACAUGAUAGAAUAUUUCAUGGAUGAACAGACGUAGGAAAGUCAAACUCAAAAAUAUGAGGCUAUGUCUAAUGCAUAGAAAAGGAAGAGGGGAUGGCUGAUGCAAUAUGGAGAGAUCUAGAUUAAGACUAUCUGUGUGUGUGUGAGGAUGGAGAGUGCUACAAAGAUAGAAGGAGAAAGAGUGAGGGAGAGAGAGAGUCUUUCAACGUCCUGUUAGCAGAAUCAGUUAGAACACUGGCUAAAUCAUGCAUGAGCUCAGAGGACGGUAAUGAAACUUUGCGAUGAAAAGAGAUUGAGGCUCGUGCUUGAGGGAAUGCCCCUUUUCUCCAACUCUCACACAUGCAGAGAUUCCCUAGAGGCACAGUCAGCGUACAUUACCAGACAUUUCUUGUCUGGCACCAGACUGUGGGGAGGACCAGUCGUCCUAUCGUCAUAGUCCUCAAAUUUUGUGGCUCAAAACCUUUUGACAAUCAGUUAUGAAAAAGUAGGUUUAAGAUUUAUGCAGAAGAGUGAUAAGAAGUAAAAUUGCAUAGUUCGUCCCCUAAAAAUCCCAUUGUGAUCCCAUUGUGUUCCAUUUUGUCAAAUGCCUGUACCACUUUGAAGUAUCAUUAACAAAGCCAGAGGGCUGCUCAGGGACCGUUCACACAAGAUGCGUUUUUGUGUCCAUCGGCUCAGUGUCUGCUCAUAAAUGUGCUGGACAGAUGCUAUUGGUCCUUGCUGUUUUUACAGCUGCAUUCAGGGUUGCCAGGUUUUCACAACAAAACCCGCCCAGUUGCCACCCAUAACUAACCCAAUCGCGUUUCAAAGAGGGUUCGUCUGUAAAAAUCACAUUCUGGGGGGUAAAAUACAUGUUUUUUGGCAGGGCUCCCCUGGUACAGUUUGCAUUCCAGGCGCUAAAUAUCAUGUUAUUGGGGUUGCUUCAACCCGCGGACUUUAUAAACAACCCGUGGCAACAUUGUUAAAGUAUCCCAGUUCCGCAGGAAAACUGCAGACUUGGCAAUACUUAAAGGAUAGUUCACUCAAACAUUAAAAUUCUGUCAUAAUUUACUCACCUUUAUGUUGUUUCAAACCUGUAUGACUUUCUUUUGUGAAAGAUUUUGAGAUUGUUUUAGUAUUUAGUAAAUUUUGCUACCAUAAAUAUAUCAAAACUUACCUUUUUAUUAGUAAUAUGCAUGGCUAAGAACUUCAUCUGGACAACUUUAAAGGGAAUUUUCCCAAUAUUUAAAUUUUUUGUACCCUCAGAUUCCAGAUUUUCAAAUAGUUGUAUCUCAGCCAAAUAUUGUCCUAUCCUAACAAACCAUACAAAACAUUUCCUUGGUCACAUAUACACGUUUAGUCCAUAUAAAUGAAGCUGUUUGGCAGGAUAGUGAGUAGUGAACAAUGUUGAUAUUAUCAAAAAUGUACAGGGGUAAAUGCUACACAUUAUAUUAUAUCUAUAUACAAUGUAAAAUUUACAGUAAUACAUUUGGACGACACUUUUUCCAAAGCAACUUAUAUUGCAUUGCAUAAGAUAUACAUUGUAUCAGAUGUACAUUUUAUCAGACCCAUAACCUUGAUAUUGCUCGUAGCUUGCCUGAGCUAGGAAUGCUAUAAAUCAGCUUUCAGGUCAUUUCUGUUGGCUCUGUCUAGCUGUAUUUAACGCAAGAAUGCAUCCUGUGUGAAAGGCCCCUUAAUGUCACUUUGAGAUCUUUGAGAUCAUCACUGGCUGCAAUAAUUUUUUUUGUUUUUGUUUUUGUUUUUGUUUUUUUAAUGGUUUAAGAACAUUUUGUCCAUUCAGACUUGCCACAGCAUCUCUGGGUCUCAUUUUAUCAUUGUACUUAAAUUUAUCUUAUAUGACCACAAAUAUGUUACCUCCAAAUAUCCAAGCACAGUUAUACCCCAAAAUGUAAAAAAAAAAAGGACCAA